CUUUUUACACUUCACUUUACUUCUUCUCUUUGUUCCUUCACUUUUCUCUAUUACCUUUAACUACCGAAUUCCCUAGGCCCAGGGUGUUCUCCCCCAAAUUUAGACUAUUACACUUAUUCCUCAAGGCCCAAGUUUCACACUGUGGCGAAUGGAAAACACAUGACUUAAUGUUAACGAGAUAAAAAGUACCCUAAUCUGCGUUACGCUUGCAUGGUGUCAAUCAAUCCCACUUCUAGUGUUACUCCUAGGGUGUUAACUUCUUCUUAACUCUAUUUACUCUUUUCUACUGUUUUUCCCUUUAUUCUACCAUACUCCCCCCUGUUGUGGCGUAUUACAACGCAACAAAACAAAAUUUAGAACGAAGAGGCAAACCUACAACCAAGACAGCAUGACACACCCACACAAAGCUCUUUAACGGUGCGACCAAACAGCACAACAGAACAGCGCAGCCUCACCGAAUGGACCAGCGCUCACACAUGUGAGAAAAACUCACCCUUUUCUGUCGACAAUAGGAGCGGAGGUAGAUGCGCUGAGGCGGUCGACUGCACGUCGAGACUUUCUACAGGUUUGUGUUCAGGAUGGCCUCCAGUGUUGUACCUGGUGCUAACACAAGAAAUGGCUUCACCAUCGUGACUCAAGUGGUUCCAGCUGGAAUGGAUCAGUAUGGCCCCGGGACUGGAGGCGGAGACGUCACUGGAGGCCCAGUUAAAAAACCUCUGAAAGGAGAGCCAAAGGCACUGGGGACUGUCCAGAUAAUGAUCGGGAUCAUGACACUCUUCUUCGGUAUAGUUAAAACGGUCUAUUCACCACAUGUGGGAGUCUACAGCGGUGUCACCUACUGGGGAUCAUGUCUUUAUAUCACCUCAGGUGCUUUAUCUGUUGCUGCAGGCAACAAAGCUAAUACCUGUGUGGUGAGAAGCUCCCUGGUGAUGAACAUAAUCAGUGCUGUGGCUGCAGGAAUAGCCAUGGUUCUGCUGUCUUUUGACAUUGCCUUACAGGAAAUUUAUGGAUAUUAUAGCUGUUCAUACGACAAUCGUUGGAGUGACCAGUGUGCAACUUUCCUCCAGUUAAGGGGCCAAUCAAGUGGAAUCAGUGGAGUGCUGCUGGUGUUCUCUCUGUUCGAGUUCAUCAUCUCCAUCUGCAGUUCUGCGUUCAUCUGCAAAGCCACCUGCUGCAAUGAAUCUCCAGUCCAGACCGUGUAUUGCCGCAACACUCCUGAAACUCACAAUCUGGCCGAAAAUGUUUAAAGCUUUAAAAUAAAUUUCAAAGAGGAAGAUAUUUUUCUAAACAAAUUCCUCUUAUGUUUACCUGUUGAGUUCUGUUGAGUUUUUAUAGGCUGUUUUGCUGUUGUUUGUGAAAGGGAUCAUUGUGACGGUGAGAGUAAAAGAAAAAAUGUAGUAAAACGAAUAAAGGAGGAAAAAAAAGAUGUAGAAGGUAAGACCACAAUUUGGACAUUUAAGCCAGUCAGCCACAUCUCCCACCCACAAAGUUUCGAAACCAGCAGUGGUUUCCUGCAGAUGAAGAGCACUAAACUAACAGCAGAGUUCAUUGUUGGGUAAAUGGUAUGUUUUUUUUUCCUUCGUUCAAUUUGGUUCUAAUAUUAUUCUAAAAAGUGUGUGCAUUAAAAAUACUUUUCCCAUUUUAUAUUAAGUGUCUAUAAUAACUGUAAUUACACAUAAAAACAACAACAUUGCAAUUACUGAUGAUUCAUUUUAGGCAAUGAUACAGAUGGAUUAAAGAAGCACAGCCUGUGUAAUUACAUAUGUGCAUCAACUUCAGUUUUGCUUAUUGUAAUUACACAUGUUUAUCUUCUACACAACACAGUUCCUGUGUAGUUGUUAUGUAGGUACUGUGUAAUACUGGAGGGGUAAUAUAGACAUUGCUUUGGGGGGAAAUGCAACACAUUUACGUAAUGGAUAAAAGUUACAUUUUAAGAUAAAUGGGCAUCUGCUGUCCUGUCACAUAUACAUACAGAAUGUUUACAGUCUCACAGCACCAGCAACAUCCAUGCUAGCUGAAGCCUACAGUACAGUGCAAUUCUAGUGAUGAUUUUGAUGCAAACUAAAUAAAAAUGGAGGAAUGUUCA